GAGUUUGGUUUGCAAUCCGAAAUUGUAGAAUGGAUCGUCUUCCCUCUGGUGACACUUGCACACCAAUGUUGACUGUUGAAGUCAGCUAUUUUGGACAAAAAACAGUUUGGCGUUGGAGAUGACCAUACAUUCUUCCAAUGUGUAGAUUGGGCAUAAGGGUCAAACGUCAUUACGGUAGAUUAGAACGUUCUGAUUAUGCAUUACAACUGUUCGAUGAAAUGCCUGAACGAGAAUUCACGUAGUCUCCAGUUCAAGAAAAGAAAGCUCUUCCGGCGAAUCUUUCUAUUGAUGCAAGAGUGUACUGGAUUCAAAGAGCUGGCAAGAUCAUGGUCAAGCAAUGCGUUCUGACUUGAAAAAUAUUCUCAUCUUUUGAUUGGUGGAGAGUGUAGGUGCCUAUCUUUCACUGGUUCUCGUCAUGAAAAUGAUAAUGUUGCGUUAUUGACUGGGUAAAAAGUUGGACUUUGUUUGUGGCAAUUACGUUACCCUUGACAAAUGAGGUUUAAGUUGAUCAUGCAGAAUUUUGGAACAUUAGUGCGGUCAGGUCAACAUUGUUUAUAGGUUCUUGAAAAUACUUCUCACAAGUCCCUGGAAGAAAGAAAAAAACACAUCUUUAUCAAAAGAAAAGUCCUUGAGUUUUUUUUUUUCUUUUUCCCUUGGCUUUCUUGGUCUUGUGUAUGUUCGCUUUUUAGUUAUUAGAGAGAAAAGGGAAAACACAUGGGGAAGAAAAGGAUCGUGUUGCUCUUAUUUGUAAGUUUUAGCUAUGCAGAGAUAACAAAAGAGAGUCCUUUGUCAAUAGGACAAACUCUCAGCUCCUCUAAUGGAGUUUAUGAACUGGGAUUCUUCAGUUUUAGUAACUCCCAAAAUCAGUAUGUCGGAAUCUGGUUCAAGGGUGUCAUUCCCAGGGUUGUUGUGUGGGUGGCCAAUAGAGAAAAGCCUGUUACAGACUCUGCGGCAAAUCUAGUUAUCAGCAGCAAUGGAAGUCUUCUAUUAAUUAAUGGCAAACAUGGUGUUGUUUGGUCCAGCGGACAAACUAUUGCAUCUAACGGGUCUCGUGCAGAGCUUUCAGACUAUGGAAAUCUAAUUGUCAAAGACAAAGUUUCGGGAAGAACUCAAUGGGAAAGCUUCGAGCAUCUUGGUAACACUCUGCUCCCUACGUCAACUAUGAUGUAUAAUCUUGCCACUGGUGAGAAGCGAGGGUUAAGGUCUUGGAAAAGUUAUACUGAUCCAUCGCCUGGUGACUUUUGGGUUCAGAUCACACCUCAAGUGCCAUCACAGGGGUUUGUUAUGAGAGGGUCGGUCCCUUAUUAUAGAACCGGUCCAUGGGCUAAAACAAGGUUCACCGGGAUACCACAAAUGGAUGAAUCAUACACAAGUCCAUUCAGCCUACAUCAGGAUGUAAAUGGGUCUGGAUACUUUUCGUAUUUUGAAAGAGACUACAAACUUUCACGUAUAACUUUAACAUCAGAGGGAGCAAUGAAGGUGUUACGGUAUAAUGGAAUGGACUGGAAAUCAAGCUACGAGGGUCCAGCCAAUUCAUGUGAUAUUUAUGGUGUAUGUGGACCUUUUGGUUUUUGUGUUAUCUCAGAUCCUCCAAAGUGUAAAUGCUUCAAAGGUUUUGUUCCUAAAUCGAUUGAGGAUUGGAAAAGAGGAAACUGGACUAGUGGUUGUGCGAGGCGUACUGAACUACAUUGUCAAGGAAACUCUACUGGCAAAGAUGCAAACGUCUUCCAUACUGUUCCCAACCUAAAACCUCCAGACUUUUACGAAUAUACAAAUUCUGUGGAUGCUGAAGGAUGCCACCAAAGUUGCCUGCACAAUUGUUCUUGCUUGGCCUUCGCUUACAUUCCUGGAAUAGGGUGCUUAAUGUGGAGCAAGGACCUAAUGGACACAAUGCAAUUUUCUACAGGAGGAGAACUUCUUUCCAUUCGUCUUGCACAUUCUGAGCUAGAUGUAAAUAAGCACAAGCUGACCAUUGUUGCUAGUACAGUGAGCCUUACCCUCUUUGUGAUCUUGGGCUUUGCUGCGUUUGGUUUCUGGAGAUGCAGAGUAAAACAUCACGCUCAUAUAUCAGAGGAUGCAUGGAGGAAUGAUCUGCAAUCACAAGACGUCCCAGGUUUAGAAUUUUUUGAGAUGAAUACCAUACAAACUGCCACCAAUAAUUUCAGUCUAUCAAACAAACUCGGACAUGGUGGAUUUGGUUCCGUUUACAAGGGAAAACUGCAAGAUGGAAGGGAAAUUGCGGUAAAACGCCUUUCUAGCAGCUCUGGGCAGGGCAAACAGGAGUUCAUGAAUGAAAUAGUACUUAUCUCAAAACUCCAACACAGAAACUUAGUCCGGGUUUUGGGAUGCUGCGUCGAAGGAAUAGAAAAGCUAUUGAUUUAUGAGUUUAUGAAAAACAAAAGCCUUGAUACUAUUGUCUUUGAUUCAAGAAAAAGGCUUAAGAUAGAUUGGCCAAAGAGAUUUGAUAUCAUUCAAGGUAUUGCGCGUGGACUUCUCUAUCUCCAUCGUGACUCGCGCCUCAGAGUAAUUCACAGAGACCUGAAGGUCAGCAACAUUCUUCUGGACGAGAAAAUGAACCCGAAAAUAUCAGAUUUUGGGUUGGCUCGGAUGUUUCAGGGAACCCAAUAUCAGGACAAAACUCGCAGGGUUGUCGGAACUCUAGGAUAUAUGUCUCCUGAGUAUGCAUGGACUGGCGUAUUCUCUGAGAAAUCAGACAUCUAUAGCUUCGGAGUUCUACUGCUAGAAAUCAUCAGCGGAGAGAAGAUCUCAAGGUUCAGCUAUGGCGAGGAAGGAAAAGCACUUCUUGCAUAUGCAUGGGAAUGUUGGUGUGAAACCCGAGGAGUUAAUCUUUUGGACCAAGCUCUUGCUGAUUCUUGUCACCCAUCUGAAGUUGGAAGGUGUGUCCAGAUUGGUUUGCUUUGUGUUCAACACGAGCCUGCAGACAGACCAAACACACUUGAGCUGCUGUCUAUGCUUACCACAACAUCAGAUCUUCCUCUGCCAAAACAACCCACAUUUGUAGUGCACACUAGAAAUGACGAAUCACCGUAUAAUGAUUCUGUCAAUGAGAUGACAGAGUCUGUAAUCCAAGGACGUUGAACAACAAAUGUGUGAUGGAAAUUGUAGAAGGGAUUAUUUUCUUAGAUGAUGUCAUCAUGUAAAUUGAGAAAAUUACAUUCAAAAUUAUGCAAAAGGCAUGUUUAAAGAGUUUUCUAAACAUGUCUUGUGAAUCUCUUCUUCGUUGAGACUAUGUACAUCAUUCACUUGAGUGUGUUCUUGAGCUUGGAAUCUAUUUGGCCGUAUUGGUGUUUUGUUUCA